UUACCAGCAAAAAUCACUCAAAACACAAACAACACUUCAUUUCUCUACUUCCAUAUCUAAAAACUCUCCAUCAUGGCGGUGACGGCAGUAGCACCACCAUCUUCUGCCGCUAAUCUUCGACUACUCCACCAACAAUCCCACUCAUUCUCCUCCAGCCACCCCUUCUCCCGCUCAUUUCCCUCCAAAAAGCCACUCGAUAUCGUUCCCAUGGCUACCAAAAAUAAGGUGAAUAGGUACGAUGGAAACUGGGAGAAAAAAUGGUUCGGAGCAGGAGUAUUUUACGAGAGCACAGAAGAACAAGAAUUGGACGUGUUCAAGAAGCUAGAACAGAGAAAAGUACUGAGCAAAGUAGAAAAAGCAGGCGUUCUUUCAAAAGCAGAACAAUUAGGGUUCACUCUAUCCUCGUUAGAGAAACUGGGUCUGUUUUCUAAAGCUGAAGAGUUAGGUCUGUUGAGUUUGUUAGAGAAGACGGUCAGUCUUUCGCCUUCCGUGCUGGCAUCAGCUUCGCUUCCACUGUUAGUGGCAGCGCUGGCUGCGGUGGUGAUCAUACCGGACGACUCGACUGCUCUGGUGGCUGCGCAAGCUGUGUUGGCGGGUGCACUUGUUGUUGGUGCUGUUGGUUUGUAUGUUGGGUCUAUUGUGCUCGGUGGAUUGCAAGAAGCUGAAUGAAAUAUAUAUUUACUUUAACUUAAUUUUUGUUUUUGGGUUUUCAUUUCAGUAUCCUCCUGUGCAAAUUUGGUUAGGAGGAGAAUAAUGUUGGAUUGUAUAUUAGCAAGAAAAAAAAUCGAAAAUUGUUACAAUUAGGUAGAGGAUUUACGUAAUUACUUGUAUGAAUUAAUUAUGAUGGUUUGCUGUUGAUGAAUUA